UUUUGAGCGAGAUAUGCUCUUCUUGUUUAUUGCUCUACUGUCACUCGUCGAGUUGUUGUGUUUUUUGUUUUCCUUUAGGCAGUUAUCGGUGUUUUCUGUUUGUGUAAGCAAUAUCGAGAAAUUUUAAGAAUCUAGCUAUAAUAGUGGUGUACUGUUUUUUCUUUAGAUGUUUUCAGUAUUUGGCUAGUCAAAUAUAACAUUAACAAUUUUUAAUUUGAUGAUGUUUUGAUGGUAUUUCUUUGUAACGUGGUUUUAUCCGUUGGUUGUGAAUAUUUUGAAAACUUCACCGUAUUACAUACAUUACUAAAGAAUCAUGAGCGUUGAAGAAGAAGUAAUGCGCAUUCAAAAAAAAUUAACCAAAAUGAGUUCUGGAGAUGGCAGCGGUCAGGAGCAGGCCUUGGAACUUCUGAAAGAGCUGCAGAAGUUGCCGGUCAACCUAGAAGUCCUCACGAAAACAAGAAUCGGGAUGACGGUGAACGCUCUGCGUAAAUCAAGCUCGGAUGACGACGUGAUCAGUCUCUCCAAGACACUCAUAAAAAAUUGGAAAAAAUUCCUUUCAGGUUCGAAUACACCCAACAGUAAAGAACCUGCGAGCAGCUCCAAGAAGCCCAAAGAGAAAGAAGAGAAACCAAAGGACAACGAACCGAAAGACAAGGAGAAAGAGAGGAAAGUGCAAAGCACGUUUCCUCCGGCCACUUCAAACACCACGGACGCGGUCAGGUUGAAGUGCCGAGAGCUGCUGACGUCUGCGAUCAAAGGAGACGGAGAGAUCCCGGACGGCUGUGCGUCCCCCGAGGAGCUGGCGGAAGAGCUGGAGGAGGCCAUCUUCCUCGAGUUCCGAAACACGGACAUGCGCUACAAGAACAGGGUGCGGAGUCGCGUCGCCAACCUCAAGGACGGCAAGAACCCUCAGCUGAGAAUGAACUUCCUGGUUGGCGCCAUCCCCGCCACAAAGUUGGCCGUCAUGACCGCGGAAGAAAUGGCAAGCGAUGAAAUGAAGACAAUUCGUAACAGAUUCUUGAAAGAAGCCAUCAAUGAUGCUCAGCUCGCCACGGUGCAAGGCACGAAGACAGACUUGCUCAAGUGCGGCAAGUGCAAGAAGAGGAACUGUACCUACAACCAAAUUCAGACCAGGAGUGCUGAUGAGCCUAUGACCACGUUCGUCCUGUGCAAUGAGUGCGGGAAUCGGUGGAAGUUCUGCUGAGUGGCAUGUGCCACCGUCGUCAUGUGCUAGUGUGUUGAUGUUCCCACCUGUCUCCAGCUAAAGCUAUUUGUUGCAGGUUGCACAUGCGCUGCAACUGCGAACACGUGCGUGUGAUCGCAGGAACAUGUUUACGAGUAUCAUUUCACUCAAAGACUUGAGAUAUUUCCAUGCCGUGUUCUUUAAGUUGUGAAGAAACUUGCAGCUGGAUUUGGUUUUGUAGUUCACUUGUAAUUGGGGUAGUUUUUGCCCUUUGCUCAUUGAUAUUUGAUCCAGUGUUGGAUAUGUUAAACAUUUUUACUUAAGAUGUGCAUCGACUUGAGUGAAAAGCAUUUUUGUAAUGUAUUUAUUUAUUAAUUAAUUAUUUUUAAUUGGUUUUGUCUGUGUGUGACAUUUUUGAUGUUACUUCAGACAAAGUCAUCACAUUUGUGAUUCUUCAAAUGGCAAAUAAGUACAAAGCAGUAGUUUGUACACAAUCAAUGCAUUAAUUUGUGGUCGUAUUAUAAAUAUAACAUCACUGUUAAACAUUGAAGCUUUCUUACGGAGUGACUACAGGUUAGCUUUGUGUAUUAUGUGUAGUAUUACCUUUAUUAUUUCCCUGUUGCUGCACUUUGUGUAGUUUCAUUUAUUCUACAGGAUGGCAGUGGGGAGUUGAAAACUUAACGACAUUAAAUACUAGUUACAGUAUUUGAUACUUUUUAAAAUCUGUUUUGUUGUGAUUAGCACAUAUGCAGAAGUAAACUUGAGAAGAGAAAUAUGUACACUAGUGUGUGUCACAACGCAUGGAGGUUUUCUGUUUAUUGGCCAUACUAUACUUCAUAAACUUAUAUUCCAGCUACAGAUGUACAUACAAAUUGUUUGGUAAUUUUACUAAUUUACAAUAAAAUGGUACUAUGUUUUUGCAAACUGGUAUUGAAUGUGGCUAAUUUGUGCUGUUGUAAUUUGAAUGUAUUAACUCCACCGCAUGUUGUACAAAUAAAUUUUCUAGACCAAACAGAAA